UCUUACUUCCGUAAUGUGCACCAACAUUUUUCUAUAUGAUAAAUUGACCAAUAAAAAUUAAAAAAAAUCAACUUUUUAAGAAAAAUUAAGUACAUAACAAAAAUAUAUUUCAAUUUUAUAAUUUUUAAUUGUUAAAGUAAUCAUUUUUAAUCUAUAAGAAAUGAUAUGAGUGAGUUAAUGUUAAUGUCAUCGGAAAAUAGAUAAAGGUGCAAGCUAAUGGAAAAGUGAAUGUUGUUUUUUUAUUUUGUUAUAUAGUUCAAAAGAUUGAGUAGAAAUAAAAAUAUUUUGAUACGUGAUAGGAAUAAGAGAAAACAGACGUGGAAGAGAACAAAUCUUGUUCAAGAUGUCAGGAAGACUACCCCGAUUGCGUGCACUUCGUCCACGACCUCAGCAUUUUAAAACGGAACCACAUAAGGAAAGUAACCUUAAAGAAAAUCGACGGGAAACUGUAAUGAAAGAACACGAUUUACAAAGCGAAGACAUUUCCUACAGUGUCAAAGAUGAUGAUACUAUAAAAAAGCAUGAACAUGAGGCGUUUGAUUAUUCGGAAUCCUCACAAAAUUAUGAGUGUAAAACAUGUAAACCUUCAAAGUCUCUGUCAAGUCUUAAAGCAUAUCUCGAUCAUCUAAAAAAAGAGCACAAACAAAAGGGAAAAUUCAUGCGUGAUACUGGAAAUCGAUGUUCUAUGUGCUCAUAUGUUGCACUAAAUUCAAGAGAUCUUGAAACUCAUCAGAGAGUACAUCAUUUAAAAAGAAGAUUUUUCCGUUGUGCUAAAUGCUCUUAUGUAACACAUGUACGUGCUCGCUAUACAAAGCAUGUGAAGUAUCAUUCUAUGCCAAUGAUUAAAUGUGAUGCCUGUGAUUUUCGUACACCAUACAAGUGGAAUUUAGAUAGGCAUACUAGAAAUCAUGGAGGAGGUGGAGCUUUUCAAUGCCGUGCUUGUAAUUUUACAGCUGAUAUUAGACAAAGUUUAACUGUACAUGAAACUAAUCAUCAUGAGCCUCCAGUGGGUCAAAUAAAUCGUAAAUCUAGUACACCUUUUGAACGUAAACCAAGAAAUAGUCCUAAACGUUACAAUCAGGUAGGUGCAAGUGAUUUUCGAGAAUCAUUGCAUAUAUCUGCAAGUACAACAGUCUCAAUUAGUCCUGGAGAUACAUUCAUUUCUGAUCAAUCUAUGGAAGAUAAAAGAAGUGCAAUAGCUAAUGCAGAAUGUAUAGCAUUGAAAUGUGAAGAAAAAGGUUGUCAAUUUAUUACUGCAUGGGAUUCUGAAAUGCAAAGACAUUUAGCAGAAUGUCAUAUUCCAAUUACACCAAAUAAAUCUAGAAAACCACUGCCAAUGUUAAUCCCACUAAGUCCUGCUAAAUUAAAUAAUAUUAGCAGUGGACCUUCAACAACAUUAUUAAAAGUUCCGCGUGUCAGGGUAAGACCGGAACUCGCACAAAUUGCAAGAGAUACAGAACUAGCGAAGUUAUAUGGGAGUAAAGAAGUUAACAACUUAAAGAAGGAUGCGAAUAACGCGGCUGAUUUAUUAAAAAAAAAUGCUUCCUUCUUUGAUAAGCUUAAGGAAAAACUUACAACGACAGCGUCAAUUAAUAAUGGAGUAGCGGAGGUAGCUGUAAGUACUACGAACGAUUUGAAAUGCUGGUGUACUUUUAAAGCUAGUAGCAUGGAAGAGCUGGCUUGUCACAAACAAAUACAUCACACUGCUCUCAGUGUAUCUGUGGGCACAACGCGUUGCCCGAAGUGCAGAAGACGUUGCAAAAGUUCGACUGAUCUACAAGUACAUAUGCAGUGUUGUCAUUCGACAAGCAAUGAUACGUCAAUACACAAUAGUUUAGAAAAAUUAUCAAAUUGUUCAGAACUCCGUGUGACCUCGUAUCGCGGUGAAUAUGCAUUCCCAGCGCAAAUGGAUUGGGACGUUAAUCUCAGCGGACUGAAUUCUUCUGGAUCAUCGGUAUGGUGUUUCAUAAAAAUAUUUAUUUAACGCGUGCAGAUGAUUAAUAUGAAUACACGCACACGAACGAAUAAUAAUAACAAAAAUAAUAAUAA